AGGCGACACGAUCGACUGCGAUCUUGAAUACAAAGAUGCACCGCGGCGAAGGGCCCGACGAGGCAACAAGGAUUCACGUUUUCAUAUAGUUUUCCGCGCACCGUCACAUCACAACUUCUCGGUUUACGGUUUCUUAGAAAGACACUAUAAACAAAUAUCUUUUCGACGAGGUGAACUUGAUGGUGCCACCUCACUGCUUGUCCUAAGGAAGGUUGUCCAGUUUCACUUUUUUUCAUCAUAGUUUCUAUCUGUUCGUCUUCGUAGUUAUCGAUAUCGUCGUUACCGCAACUCCUUUGAAAAAAAUGGCAGCUCCACCAUCGAAAUUGGCGGCGCAGCGGCAGAGCUGCGCACCUUUUCUGAAGCAAGUCGAAGGUGUGGGCUUACCUCACGGCAGUCCCAAUCGACAACGGUGGUCCCGAGAGAGCGCAAAAGUUCCUUCUCACACUGUGUAUGAGAUCCUCGCGAAGUUGUGGUAUGCCGAUACUGGGGAUUGGGACUUUGGCCUGAUGACAGACGUGGAUGACAGGUAUCUGCAGGAGUUUAUCGAGGAUCUGAGGCGCUGCCUUUCCGAGUUGGAAACGAAAGAAGUUCCCGAGGAGCAGGAAAGGGCGAAGCAGAACGCUGUGGCUUUGUACAAGCGUGACCUCCUCCCGAUCGUUGAAGAAGCCCUGCAACGGCAACGAGACAAUUUGUCGGAUUCCUUUUCCAGUGACAUGGAUUGGCUCUCUGCACUGUUGGUAAACCGCCUUCGGGAAAAUCCGUUUGUGCCCACGACCGUGGACGAAGUGUUGGGAUCUGGAUCUGCAAAGGUACUUAGGGCAUCGUGCUGCUCUACCUUUAUUUUCAACUGGUUGCGAAGCUCCUGCAUCAUGGCCGUACUACUUCUCUUGACUCUCUGAUUCAAGAUUUCUAUAAUCAACGUAGAAGUUGUGUGUGAGCGCUCGUAUAGUAGCAGUAGGGCAAUCGCAUUUGUUUGCGUCUGCGAUGAAUACUCUCUCUCACCCACUCGGAUCAACAACGAUCAAUCAGGAAAACGAUCUCGGAACGACGGCCAAGACUGUGCCACCGCACCACCCGCUGUGGAAAAACAAGCCAGUCUUCGUAUCCUAAGUAAAUACGUACCUAUGAGUACUUCGCGCCCUCAUUUGUCAUGAAAACCUUCGUGCUGAAAACCUCCCACCGUGUGGAGACAAUUUUCUGAUGGUGUUGUUUGGAAUUCUGUUUCUGUAGUAGCGGUUUGAUCAGGGUAGGAAAGACGGUUUUUGGUCGUACGGCUGUCCUAUUUAGUAGCUCAGCACCCCUACGCUACGGAUCUAGACUCAUAAUUGAUAUUGCACCGCCUGUCUAUGUCAUCAUGCGCAAAUUCUCAACAUCGAAACUCUUGCAAAAGUUCCACACUUGUUAACUGCGGACGAACAGGUAAGUACGCUUUUACUCAGGAUACUUGGUAAAAAACCAGAGUGGAAAGGGUAGCGGACUUUAUUUCGGCCGUGACGAAGCUCGUAAUGGGUCCAGUUCAACAUCGUCUUCAACCGGCACUAGGUGUUCGGGAAAAUUGACUUCUGACGAGGAUUCUUAUCGUGGGUGCGGAGAAAAAGUGAUUCAACCCGGCGAACUGAUUUUCAAAGACUCCUCGCUGAUCACGAGGAUCGAGAAGAAGGAGAACUUCGCUGCUGACAACGUUAAUAAGAACUGCUCUGCUCGGUCGGCGUCUUCUGUCGAAGGACAACGACCCGAGGAUGACCGUGCAAAAAAGCGGCGCAGAGCUUUGUGCCGGUACCAACUUCGGACACUCUUUCCCGAUUUCGAAAAUUUGGUCGCGUUUCUAUCGCUGUCAAACUGCUUGCUUCCCGACGUAGUCCGUACUAGUACUACCACGGCCGCAGAUGAUACCGCAGAUGCUCGUGGUGGUGGUGGUUCUGGAGGCGUGGAGCACCACAACAGAGCGGCCCCCUCCGAGGUUGUACAGCAGAACCAGGAACACCCUCUGGAGAGAUCUUGUUUUGAGAUGAGCAUGGCAGAGCAUAUCGAAGGUAUCUACGUCACGAACGCCAUCACUGUCGCCGACUUAGACAAUCCCUUUGAGCUCUGUGGCACCGCCCUUUUUCCUCUCGUGGCUCGAAUGCAGCUUAUCCCACGCAAAAAUCCAUUUCAGUCUGGAACUGGAAGACCACGACAACGUGAAGUGCUGCAAGGUUAUUUGUCAUGCCCCAGGCUGGGUGGCGCGCGGGUGACCAACUCGUCCCCAGCUGUCGUGUGAUCUAGAUGGUGCGUGUUGAUGCUUCAUCCGGUAGCGGUAGAGUCGCUUUGUUUACAUAUUGCAGAUUGGUGACAUGCAAAUUGUCAUCAUGUAGUUGACCAGCUCGCGAACUGCGUAAACACGACGGAUUUGUCAAUAAAUAAAAUGCUCUAGUAGGACUUGAUUGAACAAGGACAAGCGUCGCGCUCCUUAAAAUGAAACCGUGGUCUUGCAGUAUCUAGAACGUCGUAGACUGAGACACGUUUGCAAUGCAUGCGGCACAGUGACACUCCAAACUGUGACGUGCAGGUCCGGCGCGUGCCGUGCCCGAAAGGAGCGCGGAAGCUGCGAGGCGCGAAUCUCCAGAAAGCUCUGCACGAACGCAUUGACUCGAAAACUCUGGCAGCACGGCAAAGAGGUGAGCCUACCGCCGGGCGGUGCCACCAGGAAAACACAAACAAAAGUGACGGCAGGGGCAGCUCCUUGUCCUGCUCCCUCCAAACCAAUAAAGACGACAAGAGAGUAAAAAGCACUUCGACAAUUGCAUUUCACUUCACCGCCGAAACGGAUGCUAUCCAGGGCUUCAACACCCAUCACCGGUACUGCCUGCGACAGGAUCAUGUUGCUUGCGGUGAUGAUUACGACGGAAGGAGUAGAAGCGUGGCCGCCGGUGAUGAACAAAGGGAAGAGCAAAGGGAUGAACACCAGGCGCCGCUGGCGCACACCUGGGAGGCCUUCGUCGUCGCGCUCCGUCCGAUACCCCCCGGGGAGGAGUUGACCAUUGAUUAUGUCGGACUGCACUGGUUUCUCGACCGCCGGCGCACUCUUUUGCGCGACUACCGUUUCUGCUUGCCGGGUCUAACGAUGGGGCCGAAGAAACACAUUAGCACGACGGCACCAGACGGCAGUGUUGCGUUCGACGACCGCACAACUUGUUUGAUUCCCGCGACCCACCGCCCCGGAAUCGCUGCGUUGGAACGCGGCCUCCUUGAAGGAAAAGUACGAAAGCGCUUUCGAAAAGUCUUUUGGAUGGAGCACGAUAAAGGCCUCGUGGAUAACAUUACUCCGUCGCUGAGACUCAGUUGGCGAGAAGAUUUGUGCAAGCCGUUCAGCUUCGCGAAACGCACCUACGAAGCGGGACGAACGGAGCAAACUGUUGCGCACUGCUUCGACGUCGAGACUGGUGAAAUCAAACCGGUGGACUCGGCAAGAGCACGCAUGGCCGACCUGCGCCCGGGGUUCCAGCAAAAUUUGGUGAUGUGUCAGACCUUAGAGGAGUUCAGGGAGCGGGUUUCCACGCAUUGGGCGUGGAUUCGGGAACAGUACCUCUUCGAACGACCACGCGUAGUGACCACACGUCUUCCCCCACGACACGGACAAGAGCAGUCUAUGGACGUCACACUGUUUCCGACCAGAAGUGUCGCAGCGGCGUCUAUUUCGCACCACCAGCUGAAUGCCUACGCCGAGUGCGAGAUGGAGGACUACAACGAGGAAGACCACCCCCGAGACAUGCUUGCACAUCCCGGAAACACCAUCUUUCUUCUGCGGCAGGUGCAGAAAAAGAAGGACGGCAUCACGCGUGACUUGACCGUCGCGUCCUGGAGCUACACGGGCGGGGGGCUCGUGGCAAGUUUGAACGGCCGCAUCCUCUUUCCCAACGAGCGCGACUUUGUCAUGGCGACGCAUGGCAGAGGGCGGGUGCGCGACCCAGGACUGGACCUGGACUUGUGGCUGAGUCAAAGCCAGCAUGUUGCUGCUCCUGCUUGUCCGGACCGUCAUAAUUCGUCAGGGGACGAGGACGAGCAGCGGGCAGCGGUACACGCUCAGCUUCGAGAGGACCUGUUGGAGCGGCGGGACUUCUCUCUCCGCGAGUACAUUCUCGACCGGUCUUGCGACGAGGAUCUUGGGCGCGGAAGCAGCAAGACCACCUACAUGUGGAGUUUUUGGCGCGAUGCCCCGCUCGCAACGCAGUAUCUGGCGUACCACUGUCACGACAAAGCUACCUACGACCGAAUUGUCUACACGCGUGAACAUCACCAGUGGUUUGUGAACCACCUGCAGCUCGACUUAGAUAAGCUAAUGGAGGAGUUCCUGCGUUCUCUGACGCACAAAAAUAACGGGGAGGACGGCCCUGCCCCAGACGGGAACGAAAGUUGGCGACCUUGGAUCGCACUUUUUGCGCGUCCAUCGGAAAGCAGGGAAAGACUGCAAGCCAGGGUCGCUACGCUACUGGCGAAAGUGCAAGACUUCGUGCGCUUUGAGUCAGAGCGAGGGCUUCUCGGCGACGAUUUCGCGCAGUAUGAGUCUGUCCUGUGGGAAGUUUUCAGAAUGGAAAUGGUAGAAAUGUUGAACAGGUGCCAUGAUGCAGAUGCAUUUUUAUUCAUUCCUUGAAAAAAUAAAAGACAAUAGAGUCAAUAAAUAUGUAUCAGUUCUUGUUGGGCCCGCACUUUCACAGCACUCGACUUCGUGGCGGUGCAUGUUUUGUUAAAUCUUCUGCCACUGUAGACGAAUCAAGUAUCUGUUGAGAUCAUCCAGUAGAGUAGAAGUAGCCCGAAGUUUUUACAGUCUCCAGGCUUCAUCAAAAACAUCCAAGCGACAAGUUCUAUUCUCGUUUUGCCGAUUUCCCGCAGGUCUCUACUUCCAUAAGCAUUUAUCGAGUACCAGUACGGGCACGUCGAGCGGCCAGUUAAAUCAGCAACUUUUUCCGUCAACCGCGCCUCCGGCUCCGGUGACGUUGCAUCUUGAAGGAACCGGCGCACCGGAAGCAGGCUUGGGAGCCGGAACAUCGUCGCAACUACCCCACAGAACCGACUGCACCACGAGCAGAGGACUUAAUUUUAGCCCAGGUAGUUGUUUUGCUCAAGGAGCGCAGGAGAUCAGCGUCGAGGAAUCUUCCCCCGCAGAGUCACUCGAAGAAACUGUGGCCUCCGCUGGCGAUGCCAGUCGUGACCUUCCUGUCGACGGCACGACGAGCGGGGAGGAACAAAAGGGCAAGAAAAAGGACGGGAAGAUGAUUUCUCGUCGCGCAAACCCAAACGGGAAUAACUGUGCUGCGAACUCAUCCGCAUCUUCUGUGUCCUCCUCGACACCUUCUAAUGUUUCCCCGACUUGGUCCUCAUCUUCACGCCGCCUGUUCGACGAGGACAUGCAAAAGCUGCUCAGCGAAACCCUGCGAAAAAGCGCGGACGCACUGUCGCUCGGCGACAUAGUGUUCCUGUUUCACCAAGGCCUGCACGCGGCGGAGUUCGUCAUGGAUGCGACCGAGCUGACGAACCCGGUGCUGCGGGCUCGCAUUGCCUUUUGGAAGUGGUCCCUUUGUGGACAUAGACGCGAAGACUUGGAAAUGACGGAGCGGUUUCUCAAGCUCCAUGAACAAACUGGGUUCGUGUUAAACGUUCCAUGCAAGAAGAAUACAGCUCCGGCUCCUGCGCAGGAUGCGGAUCUUGCUCAUGCAGACCAGGAGCAGGCGAAACAGGAUGUUGCGCCGCAGGAAGACGAUCCUGCUAUGGACAUUCAGGAUCGCACAACCGCAUCGAACUUGGCAAGCCGUAUGGGAAUGACCUUGCACACCGCCCAACUCUGCCCCAACUGGUUCCCCUUGACUCAUUCUUUGGGAGCAGCAGAGAACACAACCGAUCCGACGAAGAUCUACCUGCCUCCGCUGGGUCGACGCCGAGGGGACCGAAGUAUGAACGAUAGCACGAACAAAGAACAGCCGCGCGAGGUCGGACUCGUCUUGGCAAAGGGGUGCGAAACUUUGCUGCAGAUUCCGCUAGACGCGCGCUACGACACCGAAAGCAUCAAGGAAGGCCUCAAGCUUGACGUCCAUGUGCGCAAGAAUGAUGGCAUGGAGACAUCCGAUCCGGAGUACUUUGGAGUCCUCCUUGACCAAGCAGAAAAAGAGCCUCUUUUAUAAAAAAAAAUCAAGGCCUCCCCCAACUUCCCCUCAGUUGAUCAUGUUGGCGAUCCAGAGUACUAGACACAAACCGAAAAAGGAGGUAGCCUGGCUGUAAGAAAUGAUAGAACCCAAAUUUGUAUGGUUGCGCUUUUUGUAAUUUAUUUGGCUUGUUCCGUGGUGCCUCGGCGUCGGCCUUAACACACAGAACCAAGUACUGCCAUACUCCACCGGUAGGCUUUUUAUUCAUUUUCUUGCCUCAUAGAUCGAUGGGGAAGACAAGGAGAUGGCGUAGUUGCCCGCUAUCAUAUGAUUCGGAAGCCAGCAGCGACGAAAAUGAAGAAGAGAAUGAAGAAGAGUGGAGCUCUUAUGAUACGGCGGGUUCCGAUUGAUUUUUUCCUAUGUUUUCAGAGAAGAGCACCAAAAUCGGCGACAGAAAAUUAUCCUCAGAGAAUUACAUCAAAAAAACGAGAACACUGAUAACGACGACCCUGGACCAAAUUAGACUCGGAUGUGAAAGCUCCGCAGUCUCCUGAGCCCGG